CAAUCAACAAUAACAGUAAAAUGUUAGCAAAAAGAACUGUUGCAGAGAAAAAAAAACCCAAAACAUCAACAACAAAAUGAAUGGCGUUUAAAAGAUAUACCCUGACCCUUAUUAAUUUACCAAUAGUAAUUUCAAACAAAGCUCGCAUUGUUGACAUACUGACUGGGAUAAUUGUCAAACAGUAUAUCGAUAGAAACAUACUAGUAUUAAAUAAAAGCAUGGCAUUUGAUACAAAGCAUGCAUACAUUAAGUGGCAUAGGCUCUACACCAGCAUAUUGGAAAUAAGUCGCACUGUGAAGGCAAAGGACAGAAGAACAAUACGUCUGGGUGUUUACAUGGUUUGACUUAGAUUGGGUUGUUCUGUGCAGGAAACCCGCCCGUAUUUUAUGCUAUAGUUUGCUGCACACGACCCAUAUCUUGCAUCAAAAUUGGUACCGUAUAAGUUUUACAUGCUAUAGUUCGUUGCACACGAUGCAUCUCUUUACGGACCUUCAACUCGACUACACUAUAAGCAUUAAGUUCAUUGGGUUUACCCGGGCCCCGGUGAGGAAUGCGGAAGAACUUUAAAGUUUUGAAAAAUAAUGCACCAGCCAUGUUUGUUUUCAUUCACUGCAUGUAACAUCGGACCACUGGGAUAGCCAUUUGUUUUAUAAAAGGAUAUCUACAUAAGUGAUAAUACUUAGAUGUAGUGCAUGACAUCAUAAAGGGGGAAGAAAGGAUUUACAUGUGGUAGUAUAAACAGCUGUAUCAUUAAUUCUUAGACAUCAUGAUUUUAGAAAAAUUUAAAGCUCAGCAGAGCUGAUGACUUAAGUGAGUUUUUAUUAUUUGUCAUCAGCAAACUGUGUAUCUGUAAAUCAAUGUUUCACGUUUUUAACUCAGCUGAGCUGGAAACUCAAGUGAGAUAUUCUGAUCACUUUUUGUGCACUGUCUGUCUGUACACAAACUUUUCACAUUUUUUACUUCUCCAGAAUCAUUUGGCCAACAUCAAUUAAACUUGGUACAAAUGUAAAUGAUCCUUGGGUAAUCAGGCUGUGCAAAGGAAGAGUCACGUUCCUUUCAAAGUGAAGAUAAUCAAGAAAAUCGAAAAAUAGGGUGGAGUCAUUUAAAAAUCUAUUCAAGAACCACUGGGCCAGAAAAGUUGAAACUUACAUAAAGGCUUCCUGACAAGGGUACCAUCAAGUUUUUGAUUGAUUGAUUGAUUGAAUAUUGUUUAACGUCCCACUCGAGAAUAUUUCAUUCAUAUGGAGACGUCACUACUGCCGGUGAAGGGCUGCAAAAUUUAGGCCUAUGCUCGGCACUUAUGGCGAUUGAGCAGGGAGGGUUCUUUAUCGUGCCACACCUGCUGCGACACGGGACCUCAGUUUUUUACGGUCUCGUCCGAAGGACCGCCCCAUUUAGUCGCCUCUUACGACAAGCAUGGAGGUACUUGGGACCUAUUCUAACCCCGAUCCACACGGGAUAUCUGUCAAGAAAAAAAUCCACACCCAUGCAUGCGUUUUGUUUCUUUUAUUUUCUAACUGAAUAGAAAUGCUCCAAGGGCAGGGUGGGGUAUUUUAGGGGAUAGGAGUUUUACUUGAGCAUAUAUAUAACAAACAUCUUUGAAAACGUUCUUCUCAAGAACAACAGGGCUUUAAGGAGUACUGCCUUGUUGAUAUGCAAGGAUACCCAGGUAGUGUAGACUUAAGUUUGAUCAAAUCAGUACCCAGAAAGUCAUGCCACUGUGGAUAGUGAGGAUUCACAAUAGGGAUCAAAGUUUUGCAUGAGAUUAUAUAUAUAGGAAAAUAUUCUCAACAAUUGCAUGGUCACUAUGGCAAGACCUUAUGCUUCAUACCAUGAUUGUUGAUCUUUAACCUUGUAUUUCAGUUAUGUUGUAACAUUUGGGGCAAGAAAAACAAAGAACAGCUGAACAAGAGCAGGGCCAAGGUAACUCAGGUGAUAACAGCUAGAUAUAUCAGCAUCACAAAGACAGAAGAACAGAAAACAGGCACUGAAUCCUCAGGACAGCUGUGUGAAAGAGAAAAGGAAGAUAAAAACAGAGUGGUUCACACUGGACUCCCAUGAGGUCCUGCAUUACUGAGGAAAGGAAGGUGAUAUUAAAAAGCAUCAGUUUUGACCACACAGAGUAUCCUUAAGUAGGGGGACUCAACAUUAAUCAAAAUCUGACUUCCUGUUUUGACGAAGGCUUGGACCAUCAACAAGUUACUGUAUAGAUUGUGUUCCUAAAGACCCAGACCCUCCACAUCAUGGACACACUAGGACUCAGCACUCAGCUAAAAGUACGACAAUGUUCUCAAUGUCAGGGGGACACUGAGUUUUACUGUAACACAUGUAAACGUGAUCUGUGUUUACAGUGUAAAGAGAAACAUGUCAUUGAUCUACAUACCAAACACCAUGAUGUUGUGAUUUACCGUGAGAAGUUUAACUACAUCCCCAGACAAGAGAUCUGUGUCAGACAUCCAGACAGGUUCUAUGAAAUGUUCUGUCAGUCGUGUGAACUUUCUGUCUGUUUCCGAUGUUUAGAGCACCGAAAACACCAAAUACUGGACAUUAGAACAGCCUAUCAAACAAAGCGACAACAACACCGAGAAAUCAUUGACACCAUCAGAAGUGAGACUCUCUAUAACUGUCGUGUUCUCCUGGCAGGAAUCCAAACUGAUAUCCAAACUUGUCCCCCACAAAUCUGUCACCGUCAAUCACAGCAGAUGUCAAUAAAAGCCCAGAGACUGAAGGAUCUGAUUGACACUGCGGUAUGUGAUGUUAAAACAAGAUACCGAGGUUUAUUGAUUGAUAGAAUACAACAACAGAAGAGAAAAAUGAACAGACACCUCACCCACAUACAGAACUAUGAAGACAGAUAUGAACAAUCAGCAAACAGAGCGGUACAAUUCCUCUUGUUUAUAAAGACCAGUCGUGUCCCCCAGAUAAAGGACACCCCUAAUCUUCCACAACACCUGCUGCUGUCCCUGACUGAGGGAUUCAACAUGGAGGAUGUCAGUCAGUUAUUGAGGGGAAUCCCAGAAAUCCAAAUGACAACAGGAAAACGACAAGUAGGAAUAGACGAGUGUGUGAAACUGAUGUCCACACCUGUAUUACACACGUCUGUCUGUGUGACAGGUGUUUGUUAUGUGGUACACAUAUCUCGUGUGAUGUCAGACCGGGUCUGGGUCUCUGGUUAUGAUAACAAUCUCAUCUUGACAGACACAACAGGAGACACUAUACACCGUGUGACAGAUAGAACAACACCAUGGUAUGGAGGAGGAGUACACACAGUGAACAGUUCUGGUGAACUGAUUUAUAUAGACAGGAAACUUAACAUCAACAAACUGUCUGUGGACAAUCACACAGUCACCACACAGAUAGAGUAUACAUCACCAUGGAAACCAGAGUGUGUGUACUGCUCCCCGUCCACUGGAGAUCUGAUGGUCGGGAUGUGGAACUAUAAAACAAGGACAGGCAAGGUAACCCGGUACAACAGUAGUGGUCAACACAUCCUGACCAUACAACAUGACAACAAACAUCACACAGUGUAUAGUGUUCCUCGUUAUAUCACAGAGAACACUAACGGUGAUAUUAUUGUGUCUGACUGGAUUAUUUAUAACUGUGGUGCUGUAGUGGUGACAGAGCGCGGGGGGAGACAUCGAUUCUCCUACACAGGACCUCCAUCAGGAUCAUCACUAGAUCCACAUGGAAUCUGUACAGACGCGCUGUCACACAUCCUGGUGUAUGAUUAUAACACCUACACAGUACAGAUGAUUGACAAGGACGGUCACUUCCUGUCUCUGUUACUGACACCACAACACGGGAUAAACUUUCCACUCGGCCUGAACUAUGAUGAUAAAACUCACCUUCUCUGGGUCGGAUCAUUCGACACCAACACAGUGUCUGUAUAUAGAUAUCUACAGAGGAGGUACUCUCUGACUGAUAAUCCAGACAGAGAUGAGCGGAUCACGGAAGAUUCAAGUUAGGAGAUUCAGGAAUCAGUAACAGAGCUGGAAAUCAGUGAAGAGUCCGAGACUGAAGAAAACUGUGAGGACCUGAAGUCUGAGGACAUUGCUGAAUAUUUAAUAUUUAAACACUAUUUUAUUAUGACAAUUCAUGAUAGGAUUGGACAACAGACAUUGACUAUAUAAGUCCUCUCCAUAGAAGGGCAUUGCUGAAUCAGGUAGAAGUGGAGAUAAUUGUGUAGAGGAAAAUGAUGAUAAUGAGAAAUCAGAGGAAUCUGAUGAGGACACUCCUGAAUCUGACGAGGACACUCCUGAAUCCCGCUGUCAGUGGUGUCUCAACAUUUCCAAUUGUCAAAAUGAAGUUGAAAUAAGUCAAUGCAUGCAAAGAUAUGUAUUGUGUGAUUUGAAAGACGAGAGACCCAAGGGCCAUAUUAGUUGUGUCAUCUUUUAUACGUAAUGUUCCAAAACUCAUUCUGUCGUAACACUUGACAUAAAAUUUUCAUUUCUGAGGAGUGUUUGGAAAGUGAGUAAACUGAUUCUGAUGGUGAGGAUGUUCCUGAUAAAAAAACUCGAGGAUGAGCAGAAACCAUGAAAUAGGUGAUAACAGUGAUGAUAAGGAUUUAGAGGAGACCUGCGAAAAUGAGGAUAAAUCAGCAGAUCUGGUUAAUUACAUUGAAAUAAGACAGGUAUUUCGCCAAGUAAACAAACGACUUUUCACACUAAGUUUGUUGCCUUUCUUAGAAUUUCUGUCAUAUUUGAAGCUGAAAUGGUCAGUCACUAAAAUUACCAUCAUGUAUCCUCCAAAGUAUUUAUCUUCUAGAAUAUUGCAGUUCUGUAUUGAUUAUAUAUUAAAUUGUGUAUAUAUUUAGAUAUCUGAUUUGUUAUUAACAUUGCAUUGUUUGAAGAAUGUUAUAUCAGAAUAUAAUAUUUCCACGUAAAA